GAUAGAUCCAAUUGUCAACAGUAUCUAAAUCUAAAUCACAAUUAUUGAAAUAAAGUUUACAUAUAAUUUUUAAUUUAAAGAAGAUAAAUUCAUACCAAUUAUGUGAUAUAAAAUAAUAAAGAAAGAUGUUCAUCAAAUUAAAAAUAUUAUGAUUACAUUGACAUUUGAUAGGUUAUCUAUUGGACCUGCUCAAUGCUGUUCCGCAUAACAUAAUGUUGACCUUGGUGUUGAAUUCAUGCAAAAAAAUAGCUGAUGAUAAAGCUGUAUAUAGCAAAGAAAAUGUGAUAAUUCUAAAGUACUCUUAUGCCAGCUGCGCAAAUGUAACUAUUACCUGACUUGGUGCAAACUUUUCUUCAAUUGCAACUUGGAAAUUACAGUAUUAAUUAAUAAUGGCUCUACGUUGGGGAAUUACAAGUGCAGGAAAAAUAUCACACGACUUUACCAAUGCCCUUGCCACCUUACCACCUGAAGAGCAUCAGGUUGUUGCUGUCGCUGCACGUGAUUUAGACAGGGCUAAAGCAUUUGCUGAAUUACAUAAAAUAAAAAAGUCAUAUGGGAGUUAUGAAGAGCUUGCUAAAGAUCCUGAUAUUGAGGUUGUUUACAUUGGAACUCUUAAUCCUCAACAUCUUGAAGUCUCAAAGAUGAUGCUGGAUCAUGGAAAACACGUUUUAUGUGAAAAACCCCUAACAAUGAACCUUAAGCAAACAUCGGAAUUGAUAACUCAUGCAAAAAAUAAGAAUCUCUUUUUAAUGGAAGCUAUUUGGAGUAGGUGUUUUCCAGUUUACGAGGAAACAAAGAAACAAAUAAAGUCUAGGCUCAUUGGUGAUGUUAAACAGAUAAUUGUUUCAUUUGGUGUUCCUAUGGGAAAAAAAGAACGCCUAAAUAAGAAAGAUAUGGGUGGUGGCACCAUUCUGGACUUAGGUGUGUAUACUCUACAAUUUGCACAAUAUAUAUAUGAUGGGGAAAAACCAGUAUCACUGAAAGGAGGUGGUCAUUUAAAUCAUGAUGGUGUUGACACAUCAAUGUCGGCUACUUUAAUUUAUAAAAAUGAUCGCACCGCAACUAUGAUGACCCAUUCAGAAGUUGAAUUACCUAAUGAAGCUAUCGUUAUUGGCACAAAAGGAAAAAUUAUUAUUCCUCAUUUCUGGUGUCCAACUAAAGCAAAGUAUCUGCCGGUGGAUUUACCUGCGAAACUGGUCGAAAUUGCUCUUCCUCAGGGACCCCUCCCUUUUAACCAUUUAAAUAGUGCAGGACUGCGAUAUGAAGCUAUGGAAGUACGAAAUUGCAUUAGAGCAGGUUUAAAAGAAAGUCAAAAAGUUUCGCAUGCUGAAUCAUUAUUGAUUGCGGAGUUAGAAGAUGCACUGCGUAAACAAAUUGGAGUGGUUUAUCCAGAAGAUAAAUCAAAAUAAUGAGAACAAUAAUAUUAUUAUUCUAUAUGUUAACUAUUUUAUGAUAGAUAUUUUUGCUUUAACUAUCUAUUGAAUAAAGCUUAUAUUAAUUCACUGUUCAUUAAA